GAAAAUGAUCACAUAAAUCUGACAUUCCCUGAUGUUACAUUUGUCACACUGCAUUACGACCUUGAGGGGGUGCAGUAGCUUCAUGUGCAGAGUUGUGAUUAGAUAGCAGAGAUGGAGGCUGUGAGCCAAUAGUAUACAGGACUGUACAAAGAGAUCUACUCCAUCCCCCAUUGAGUCACCACCGUAACCCUCACAGUGCUUCGAGCUAGAGAGGAGAUGCGCUUAUUCGAAGGCGUUCGGAAAAUAUCUUUUGUUACCAAUUAUUUAAGGAGUCAUUUAUAUAGGGGUGUCCAUUCUGGCGAUGGCUUUUAAUGUUGGGCUGUGAUGACGAAUUCCUUGAUGGGAAAUAACCCAUUCUAACUGACCGGGGAUGACAAAGACAAUAGGAUACCGAGACUGGAGAUGGCAGGCUCUUUGGUGGCAUUACUUCUUUCUCUUGUGGAGUACAAUAAACGGACAGACUCGUUACAGCAUCCAAGAGGAACUAAAACAGGGAUCUGUGGUAGGAAAUCUAGCCAAAGAUCUUGGUUUGGGACUAUCUGAGAUUUUUGACCGUAAGCUGCGCGUCGCCUCUGAGGCUGGUGAGCAGUAUUUCAGUGUGGAUGCGGGGAAGGGCGAGCUGGUGGUGAAUGACAGAAUAGACAGAGAGGCUUUAUGCGGACAAAGCGCCAGCUGUGUGUUGCCUCUGCAGGUUGUAAUUGAAGACCCAUUACAACUUUUCCGUGUUGAGGUAGAAAUACAGGACAUUAAUGAUAAUGCGCCUAAAUUUCCAUCAAAUGAUAUCACAUUGGAGGUGGCGGAAUCUACGGCAUUGGGGGUUCGUUUUCCAUUAGAAAGCGCCCUCGACCCAGAUGUUGGCAGUAAUUCAUUAAAGUCAUACACUCUCAGUAAAGAUGAAUGUUUUAAUAUCAAAGUGAAAGAAGUUGCCGGUGGAAGGAAAGUCCCUGAAUUGAUUUUGGCAAAAAAUUUAGAUAGAGAGAAAAAGGCUGUCCAUAUGCUUUUGUUGACAGCUCUAGAUGGAGGCAACCCAGUUAGAUCAGGGACCACUCAGAUAUCUAUUAUAAUCCUUGACAUCAACGAUAACGUCCCAUCUUUUGAGAAAACGUUGUAUAAAGUAUCUAUUAGUGAAAAUGCUGCAGAAGGUUCAUUAAUCGUUCAAACAAAAGCGACUGACAUGGACGAUGGUCAAAACGGAGAGAUAGAAUACACAUUCGGCGCGCACACAUCAGAUAUUGUUCUCUCUGUUUUUACUAUUGAUCGUGAAUCGGGAACAGUAUUUCUUAAAGGAAAACUAGAUUUCGAAGCAACUGCUAAUUAUGAAAUAGACAUAAGUGCGAAAGAUAAAGGGAGUCCAAGAAUGGAGGGCCAUUGUACUGUGCAUGUUGAAGUUGUAGACGUUAACGAUAAUGCACCAGAAAUAAUACUCACCUCUCCCCCAAAGCCAGUCCGCGAAGACUCGCCCAAUGGCACUGUAGUAGCUUUGCUCAGUGCCCGAGACCUUGACACCGAUGUUAAUGGUAAAGUAACAUUACAGCUCCCAAACAAAUCUCCAUUUGCUCUUAAACCAUCGUUUUCUAAUAAUUAUGCCAUAGUUACAAGUGGUGUUUUAGAUCGAGAAAAGGUCUUACAAUAUAAUAUUGAGAUAACAGCCAGUGAUGCAGGCUCUCCUCCUCUGUCCAGUAAGAAAAUUAUACCUGUCAGCAUCACUGAUGUGAACGAUAACCCUCCUAUAUUUUCUCAGCCCUCCUAUAGUGUGUAUUUAAAAGAGAAUGGGGUACCAGGCUCUAUACUGUACUCAGUGUCAGCAUCUGACCUGGACUUUGGUGAAAACGCCAAAAUAUCUUACUCUGUUCUGGACUCUAAAGUGCAGGAUGUUUCUGUCUCAUCUUAUGUUUACAUUAACUCAGAUAACGGCAGCAUCUACUGCAUGCACUCGUUUGACUAUGAGAAACUGAAGGUGUUUCAGAUUCAGGUUCAGGCAAAGGAUCAGGGCUCUCCGUCUCUCAGCAGCAACGCCACUGUCCAUGUUUUUAUCCUGGACCAGAACGACAAUGCCCCCGCUGUUAUUUACCCCUCCUCCGCUGCCCUGGGAUCCCUCUCUCAUCAGAGGAUGCCCCGCUCCGCUAAAGCAGGCCACCUGGUUACUAAGGUGACGGCCGUGGACGCAGACUCGGGCCACAACGCCUGGAUCUCCUACAAACUGGCGGAGGCCACAGACGCCUCUCUGUUCACUGUCAAUCUGUACACAGGGGAGCAGAGUGGUGCAGCUGGAGAGGGGGAGGGGAGGGAUGCAGAAAAUGAGAUCAGAAUGAAAAAGGAAGACUGA